AUGCCCCCGCUACAUGUUGUUCAAGUUCAGCCUGAAGGUCCUGUUUACGUCGUGACAGGUUCAGAUGGCACCCAAAAACGCGCACACGUUCUUGAACGCACAGACGACCGGUGCUUUGUACAUUAUAUCGGAGAAGACAAGAGAUUAGACGCAUGGGUCCCUGAAUCCUGCUGUAUACCCGAGCAAGACCCUCGAUUUCCGAACGACCCUGAAGGAGCCUCGACAACAGCCGGUCGAAAGCGCAAACGCGGUCACGGAGGAAGGGAUCGCUCGGCCAGUCCUGGACAUGCAGAACACGAUAUGAACGGACAUGGAUCGAGCGAAGCAGGAACGUCAUCCCAGCCGAACGACUAUCAUCUCCAACUCGCGGCGCAGCAACCAGAGGAGGUGGUCUUGACGGAGGAAGAGUACGAUCUCGAGCAACACAAGAAGAUCACUGCCAAACGAAACUUUGAGGAUGUCUACUUUGGGGAUUACAAGAUUAAGACUUGGUACUACUCGCCAUACCCACUUGUGGAUUUCGACUUUGAAGAGAACCAAGCUCUAUCGGCUGCCUAUAGCAAACUAGCACAUCCUGGAUCUGCACCUGUUCCGCGUGCUACAGGCGGUGGUCGAUCGAGAGCUCGAGCAUCCGACCUUUUUGCUGGAUUGUUGAACAGGCCGCAUGGUGCUGAGCUACCGAAUCUUUGGGUUUGUGAUAGGUGUUUGAAGUAUUUCUCGGAUGGUGUUCCUUGGGAGAUACAUAAGAGAGGUUGUACGAUGGACCAUCCGCCUGGGCAGUACGUUUAUAAACGGGGGGCGCAUGCUAUUCGGGAGCUGGAUGGUGCUACACAAAGGCUGUAUUGCCAGAAUCUCUCACUGUUCGGAAAGCUCUUCAUCGAUGUCAAAACACUUUACUUCGAUUUGGAUAAUUGCACGUUCUGGUUUCUCCUUUUCUACGUCCUGACGGACUCGGAUUCCUCUCGGGAACAUAUCAUUGGAUUCUUCUCAAAGGAGAAAGCAUCGUUCGAUGACUAUAAUCUUGCAUGUAUCAUGACCUUGCCACAAUACCAGCGAAAGGGGUAUGGAAUGCUCAUGAUUGAGUUCAGCUAUGAACUGUCGAGACGGGCGAAGAAGGUUGGUUCACCUGAACGACCGUUAUCCGACCUAGGUCUCCGAAGCUACCUCGCAUAUUGGGUAGCCACACUCAUCCGAUUCUUCCGACAUGUCCUUUCGACUCUGCCACCGGGCUCCGACGGGCUUAUCGUCAAAAAUAAAGGCAAUUUCCCUGAUCUUCGAGCUUCGACGCCCGGAGAGGUUGUCGACCCCAACUACGAGCCUGGAAAGCGGAAGAAGGCGAGGAGUAUACCGCCGGUGGAUGCGCCUCGGACGAUGUUUGAUGAGAUGGACGAUGAGGUGUUCUUGAACAGAGAAUUCGAAACUGUGAUGGAGAAAGACGGUAGCGCGAAGACGCAUGUCAACAUCCGGUGUACGCUGACCGACAUUGCUCGUGCUUGCAACCUCCGAGUGGAGGACACCGCCUUUGCUUUGAAUGAAUGCGGUCUCUUGAUGAAGCGUCUAGCCAAGGAGCGCAAAAUGGCCUCAUCAUCGUCAUCUCGAAGUGGGAGUGAAGGUGCCAAUGGACGGGGAGUGAGCGAGGGGUUGAAUGGUACUGUCGAGAAGGAGGGUGCUAUCCAUAUUAAUGGAAGCGAUGGCGAUGGGGAGAUGGAGACGAUUGUUAUAACCAGGGAGUUGGUGGAGAUGGUUGCGCAGGAGAGAAAUGUGAAGAAGAUGUGUAUUGAUCUGAGAUAUGUGUGUAUUGGUACGCCGCCAAAGUUGGAUUGA